AUGUCAUUUUCACUUCUUAGAAAUUCAAUGAGUAUUAGAAAAUUAACUACCUCAAUUUCUGAUGGUAGUGGAAAAAUAAAAGUUGCCAAUCCAAUUGUUGAAUUAGAUGGAGAUGAAAUGACUAGAAUUAUUUGGAAAGAAAUUAAAUCUAAAUUAAUAUUACCAUAUUUAGAUAUUGAUAUUAAAUAUUAUGAUCUUGGUCUUCCUAAUAGAGAUCUUACAAAUGAUGAAGUUACUACUGAAUCUGCACUUGCCAUAAAAAAAUAUAAUGUUGGAAUUAAAUGUGCUACCAUAACUCCUGAUGAAGCAAGAGUUAAAGAAUUUAAUCUUAAAAAAAUGUGGCUUUCUCCAAAUGGAACAAUACGUAAUAUCUUAGGUGGAACAGUUUUUCGUGAACCAAUUCUUUGUAGAAAUAUUCCUCGUAUUGUUCCGGGAUGGGAAAAACCAAUAAUUAUUGGUAGACAUGCAUUUGGUGAUCAAUAUAAAGCUGUUGACUUAGCAGUACCACAAGGAUCUACAUUUGAAAUUCAAAUUACCCUUCCAAAUGGAAAUGUUCAAAAACAUAAAGUAUUUAAUUUUGACAAUUCAGAUGGUGUUGUUAUGGGAAUGUAUAAUACAGAUGAAAGUAUUAAAGCUUUUGCUCAUUCAUCAUUUCAAUAUGCUUUAAUGAAAAAAUAUCCAUUAUUUUUAUCAACAAAAAAUACAAUUUUGAAAAGAUAUGAUGGUAGAUUUAAGGAUAUCUUUGCUCAGAUAUUUGAAGAAUUUUAUGAAAAAGAUUUUAAAGAAUGUGGUAUAUAUUAUGAGCAUAGAUUGAUUGAUGAUAUGGUUGCACAAACAAUUAAAGGUUCUGGUGGUAUAGUAUGGGCAUGUAAAAAUUACGAUGGAGAUGUACAGUCAGAUGUUGUUGCUCAAGGAUAUGGUUCUUUAGGCCUAAUGACAUCUGUCUUGAUGGCCCCUGAUGGUAAAACCAUUGAAGCGGAAGCAGCUCAUGGUACCGUUACCCGUCAUUAUAGAGAACAUCAAAAAGGCAAUAAAACAUCAACAAAUCCGGUUGCUUCUAUUUUUGCUUGGAGUCGUGGUUUGGCACAUAGAGCCAAACUUGACAACAAUAGUGAAUUAGCCAAAUUUGCCCAAACAUUAGAAGAUGCUUGUGUUGCCACAAUAGAAUCAGGAAAAAUGACCAAAGACUUGGCCCUUUGUGUUUAUGGGCCAUCAAAUAUAAAAGAAGGAACAUACUUGUAUACGGAAGAAUUUUUAUCUGCUAUUGAUACAAAAUUAAAAGAGAUUGUACAAUUACCAAAUUAA